AUGCGGGGGGCGCUGCAGCAAAUUCUUCUUGACAACCCUCAGGAGGAGAUAGCAUUUGCUUGGCAGCCGCUUAACUUAGCUGCCUUUGAAAGUGCUGCUCGACUGCUACAAGGAGACACCAGCAGCAGCAGCAGCAGCAGCAGCAGCAGCAGUUUAGCUGUACGCACCCUAGCAGCUAUUGCUGCUGACGGCUUCCAGCUUCCUGUAGAUACGCCGCUGCUUUGUGUUGAAUCUAACGAACUCUACUUCGGAAGUGAUGGGGUAUCCACAGGCGAGCUGCAUCGAAAUGUUGUUGCUCCCUCUGAUAAACUCCAAACUCUUCAGAGGAGACAACGCUGGGCGACAGGAAUAAGAAAGCUGCAGCAGCAGAUGGAUCAGCAGCAGCAGCAGCAAGAUGCUGCUGCUGCUGCUGCUGCUGCUGGAGUUGGCCGUGGAGAAUAUCCCGCAGCGCCUGCUCCGAAGCUGACAGUCUUUGUUGGUGACUCGGUUGGAGAUAUAGCAGCAUUCCUGCUUGCAGAUGUAGCUAUUCUUGUAGGCUACCGCCCGACCUCAAGGAUAGCGCAGGUGAAGGAGCUCAAAUUCUCUCCACUGUCGAAUCUCCUCGCUUGCUUGAGAGGAGAUUCUGCUGCUGCUGCUGCUGCUGCUGCUGAGGGUUCUGCUGCUGCUGCUGCUGAGGGUUCUGCUGCUGCUGCUGAGGGUUCUGCUGCUGCUACGUUAUAUAACUGCCUGCGGUCGGAGGGCUGGAGUGGGGUGCCUUCUGCUGUUGCUGCUGCUGCUACUGGCAGCAGCAGCAACAGCAACAGCAGCAGCAGCAGCAGCAACAGGACUGUAUUUGUCACACGUGAUUGGGUGGAGAUCUAUGCACUCUUCUUUGGGGCUUGGCCUUAUACAGCAGCAGCAUGA